GAGGCCAGUGUCCGGUGCUCACGUCCCCCUGUGGAGUUCACGGCCGCGGUAGAGAGUGAGAGGAAUAAGUGUGAUAAUAAGGAGAAGAGAAGAAGGAGGGAAGAAGAAGAGAGAGAGAGCGAGAGAGAGCGAUCGGGAAGGAUAUUCGUUCGAAGCGCGGGAGAGGGAUAGAGGCUGUGAUUAAUCCGAUUUGUUGUUAUUUUUAGCGUGUGGAACGACUUUGCUGUGAAUGGAAAUAGUUGAGAGAGAGAAAAUAAUACAAGAAACAAGGAAAAGAAAGAGAUAGAGAAGGUGAGAGAGAGAAAGAGAGAGAGAGAAAAAAAAACGUGCAUUCAGUCUCUCCCACAUCGGGUGUAAAAAAAGAAAAAGAAGGAAAACUCUGCUUUCGAUUCGGCCAAUUGCCUCUGAGACGGAUUCUCGUCGGUCUCCCUUUUCGUGUCUUCCUUUUAUCUUCGUCUCUGUCUUCGCCUUCUUUGCAACGCGGCGACUUACCCGACGGCGGAGAUGACGGAGCGGCAGAACAGCACGGGCUCCACGGUGUCCUUCGGGGCCGUGCAAGACACCAUAGACGCUCUCCUGGCGGACCUGCAGAACACCAUCACCCCCGCCACCUCGGCGCCCACCACGCCACACCCCGCCCACAACGGUGUCGGAACGCCCUCGCCCACGCCCUCGCCCAACAGCACCCUCAGCCACAGCCAGCACCACCAGUCGCCGCACAAGGUUUAUCACCAAGAGCGAGUCGAGGAGGUUCGGACCGAACAGCGGUCAUCUGGAGGGGGCAAGAUGGCCUCUUUAAAUAACAACCUCUCCGAACUGGAUACUCUGCUACAGGACUUAAAUAAUGCGAGAUAUACAGGAGUCUUCAAAGAGCCCGCCGCCGCCACCAACGGCACCGUCAACGGAUCGAGGCCGACGGUGGACUCGCUUCUGGACGCCCUCGACGAUGUGGACACCGGCGAGGUGGUGGAGCGGCGCACCGUGCACCACGAGAUCCGCUCGUCGACGAGCUCGCAGCCGCAGGCGUACACGGCGGUGGCCGGGCCGGCGCCCUCCCCCCGCCCACAGGAGCCGUCGGCCUCCUCCGCCACCAAGGAGCUGGACGACCUGAUGGCCUCCCUCAGCGACUUCAAGAAGGGGGACGACGACCCGCUGCUGGCCCAGCUGGAGGAGGAGAUCCUGCAGGGGACGGCCAUGUCCAAGAAGGCGAAGACGACCGUCGAGCGGCACACGCACAAGGCGGCCGCCGUGUCCGAACGGCAGCUGCAGGUGAGCGCGUCCGCAAAUGGGGCACCUCGCCCGGAGGAUCAAGCACGCCCUCCGUCGGUGCCGCCGCCCCGCCCGCCGGUGCCCGACGAAACCGACCUUCUGGCUGUGCCCCCGCCACGCCCCCCCGUGCCCCGAGGGUAUUCCGACACACCGCUCCCCCCCGAGGCCUAUGUCUUCGGCGGGACAGUGGUGACACAGUCGGUGCUGCCGCGGGUAGGUGGUGGCGUCUUCGUCGAGCGCAGACACGUAGUGGACGGGCCCGCAGACGACCCCUUCAACCGGCCGCCCUCCGGAGGCCCCGUCAAGAGGAACGACGCCGAGUACCGGUGGGUGACGGACGCCACCAAGUACGAGUACAGGGAGGUCGUUGAUUUCCCGUGUGUCUCGGAGAGAAUCAACGCCAGCACCCUCCAGACGCAGGUGGACUCCGCCUACGCCAAGCCGCAGAAGUCGGCCAAGAGUCCCUCGCCGCCCGCGCCCCCCCCCGCCCCUCUCAAAGAACCGACGCCGCCCAAGGAGCCCUCGCCCACGCCCACGCCGCCCCAACCGAACCAGCUUGAUUCUAUGCUCGGUUCCCUGGCCUCACACAUGACUGAGCAGGGCAUCACCACCACGCAGAAGGGCUGCUGCAGCGCCUGCGACAAACCCAUCGUCGGACAAGUGAUCACAGCGCUAGGCAAGACUUGGCACCCCGAGCACUUCACGUGCGCCCACUGCAACCAGGAGCUGGGCACCAAGAACUUCUUCGAGCGCGACGGCCGCCCGUACUGCGAGGUCGACUACCACAACCUGUUCUCCCCGCGCUGCGCCUACUGCAACGGCCCCAUCCUCGACAAAUGCGUGACGGCGCUGGACACGACCUGGCACCCGGAGCACUUCUUCUGCGCCCAAUGCGGAAACACGUUCGGCGACGACGGCUUCCACGAGAAGGACGGAAAGCCCUACUGCCGCGACGACUACUUCAACAUGUUCGCGCCCAAGUGUGGCGGCUGCAACGCGCCCAUCAUGGACAACUACAUCUCCGCCCUCAACGCACAGUGGCACCCGGAGUGCUUCGUCUGCAGGGACUGCCGCCAGCCCUUCAAUGGAGGUUCCUUCUUCGACCACGAGGGCAUGCCGUACUGCGAGACCCACUACCACGCCAAGAGAGGGUCGCUGUGCGCAGGCUGCCACAAGCCCAUUACAGGUCGUUGCAUCACCGCCAUGUUCAGGAAGUUCCACCCGGAGCACUUCGUCUGCUCGUUCUGCCUCAAGCAACUCAACAAGGGCACCUUCAAGGAGCAGAACGACAAGCCCUACUGCCACGGGUGCUUCGACAAGCUCUUCGGCUGAGGAGGAGGCACUUGGAGGGCACGGCCGGCGUAGGGGCAGCCCGCGCUGGGUGGCCGGAUGAGGAGCGGUGGUUCGCACAAAGAGGGUGUGAGGAGACGAGACGACCAACCUUGUUUACCAGAGGAGAGAGCAGGAGAAGAUUGCCACGUGAACUGUGUAUAUAUUCCAUAGGACGAAAAAGAGUAGAUAUAUUUCCCGUUGUAUUAUUAAUCUCUGUGUGCAUGGCGGGGCGAGUAGGGCGUGCGGAGAGCGGAGCCGAGGUUCUUCUAGUGAUAGGUGGAACGCCAAAUUUUCGACCCCACACACGACUCGUCAGGUCCCCAGCACGCGCACGGUGUCGACUUGGUUGUAGCAACUUCCCGGAUCAGACGCUCCGCUCACACCAAGAUGGAAAAGCAAAGUAUUACGAAGUGUUGUGUAGUGAUUUUGUAAUUUCAUACUCUUUGACGUUGCUGAAGUAUUUAAACUUUUUGGCAAGAUUUGAAUACAGGGGGAUGUUUUUAUUUCGCAUGUUGGUUUGGUAUGUAAAGGUUCUAACCCAUUUUUUAAAUAAGAUAUUACACAACGCUCAGAAAAAUAGAAUUCAUUUCCGGGAUAUAACAAACGCUAUUAAUCUGGUGUCUAAUUUUAUAUAUAUUUUUUCCCAAAGUUUUUGUAGGACAGAGAGUGCAUUUACACUUAUUUUGGUGUUAUGAUGGUAUUGGUGUUGUGAUUAAAAUAUAUUUAUGUGUUGAUUAAGGAUUUGACAGACUUCUGCCUUUCCAGUGGGGGCAACAGUCCACACCCCCGUCGAUCAAAACUAGCAGUAAGUUCAGACAAAAAAAAAAACGCCUUUUAAUUAAUUCCUUGCACAAAUUUGGCGAAUUUUCUCUUAUUCUCUUUAUUUUAGAUGCAUAGAUAUAGGUAUUCAGACAUUGGAAAUGGGUAGAGUUCCUUAUUGGUGCAAAACGAUUUUAUUUUUUAUUAUUGCUAUUAUAGUUGUGCGCAGAUGCUAACAAAGCACACACAUUGCUUUUUCCUUCUGUAUGCUAGAUUUAGGAAUAAGCUGAACUGUUCUCCCCCUGAAUUAAACUUUUAGCACAAGAAAGCAAUACGGUUAUAAAAUGGUGAAGGUAUCUAUUUUUGGUUUGCUAAAGUGCAAUAGAAAUGUUAUUUUUCUGACAUAGUCCCAUUUUUUUUUUCUUUUCUAGAAAGCCAGUAAAGUGCGUCUGUCAAUCAGAUAUAACAGGAUUUAAAGCCUCGAAGAAUUUCCCUUAAUUCGAAAUGAAAUGGAAAAGCCUUGAUUUCAUUCUCCUUUUUUAUCACCAUUAUGAUUUCCAUGAUCUUUGCACUGUGCUGUUAGUCGAGUAUUGAUAUGUGAAGUAUUGUGUCACUGCAUCACUGCCACAUUUUUUUAUGAAUAUUGCCAUCAAUGAGCUCAAAGGUUACAGGCGAGUGUUUUAUAUUGUUUUAGUGCACAUUUGCCGUGGAAAUGGUGACAAUAGGAUGCAGAAUUCACAUGUAAAGACAAUGGUCUAUGUAAUUCGUUGCAGCAAGAGGUUGCAAAUAAUUAUUGUAUGUGAAAUGUUAACAAGUAUAUUUUAUUGAUAUGAAAUGUUUACUGACAUUAGUUCAUCUGUACUUGUCAUUAGUUUUAGAAUUACCAUUUUUUGUAUAGUACUUGUGUAUUUUCAUACUGUCUUGAAUUACCUGAUGGGUCAUUCAAUGAUAACUUUUUGCUUCCAUUUUAUGACUAAUAUUUUCAUUUCUCUUUUCCCCCCAAAGUGUAUUUAUUGGAGAGUGGGUCUGGUUUCAGAAUUUUUGCUCAUCUUUGAAGGUACUCAGAUUAUGCCAAUGGAAUAAUCACAUCCUGUAGUUUUAUCCAUAGAGUUGAAUCCCAUCAGAUGAAAUAUUGUUGCACAUGUACAGAGGUAGAGCUGCUGAGCUUCUCUCCCCCCCCCCUCCCAGGUCAAAUUCAAAAGCUAUCAGGAAUCACAAAUAUCACCGUAAAACUAACAAUGGAGUCCCAUGUUAGCUAUAAGAGUAAAACUAAGUCAUUUUUUUUAUGUAAGACUAACAGGUAUUAGCGCAAAUUAAAGAUAUGUCUGGCUAGAGACAAAGUCCUUGUCGCAUUUUAAAAUUUGAUUGUCCUUUUUAUAUUAACACCAUUUCUCAUUUCUUGUGUGUUCGUAUGUUCUAUACUGAUUAUUUGUUUGUGCUAGUUAAAGACAAAUAUUUUACCAAUAAAUAGAAGAGGUGUUUUUUAUUAAUUAAUUAUUUGUUAUUUUUUGGGAAAAGAAUUAUCUGUCAGGGAAAGUGAAAAUAAAUAGAUUGCUUCUUGCUUUACAGGCCCUGUAUGACUUUACUCUGAAAGAACGUUUUCCAAUCUUGUCAAAUGCUCAAAUACAUAAAAAAAAAGAUCUUGAUAUAAUUAUUACCAGCAGAUGCAGAUUCAGAAGCCACACAGGACGCCUUUCAAGUGAGAUUAAAAAAAAGUGUACAGACAUAUGCAAUGUAUUUUAGGAAUUUGGGUGUGAUUUGCCACUUACUGUAUUGCUUGGUGGAAGUACCAUGCUAGGGAUUACACUUUGCUGUGAGUUACUAGCCAUCACAUCCUUUAUUUUGUCAUCUGUCAAGCAUAUGCAGUAUUUUUAUGCCAUGUCCUUUCCUUAUGCUAUAGUUCAAUAAAACACCACAAUUUUAA